GUUGCUUUUCUCUUGAGGCACGUAGGCAGAGCUUGACUGGUUUUUUAAUCCUGAGGCUGUUUUUAUGGUGGUUAUCUUGACGAAUCAGAUUACCACAUCCCUGAGCAGUGGCCCUGCAAUCCAAGCAGACCUGGUGUCUCCAGCUGAUGAUUUGUCCCUGUCUGAAGUCCUGGUGCCAAAUGGAAUGAAAACACUGAAGGAAUUAUCAAGUGAACUGAGGAGCCCCCAGAGAUCAGAGGCUGUUGGGGCUUCCAUAAGUGGGAAGAGGGAUUCUGGUUGUGUGACAGCAGCCCUUGGCAACACGUGGAGUCACAGUGUCAACACCAGGCUCAUACUACAAUAUCAUGACUUGCCAAAAAGACAGCUCCUGAUUGCUAAAUCACCUGUUGCUCCAUUCUCCGCUUUUUUCUACACCAUUGAGAAAUCAGGCUUGGUUCUUCAGGGACUGUUCCAUAUGUAUUUGUAUAGACACAUUUUUCAGCUCAGACCUGUGCUUGAAAUCCACUACUGCCUGCAACAUUCUGGUGCCUGGGAAGGGAGGAAUGCUGCAGAGCUGAAGGUCCCCAAUGGAAACACAGAAGGGUUAACUUGAUACUACCUGCAGAGACUAUUUCAGGGACUCUUCAGAUCUCAAGUGCUGAAAAGGGACAUGAAACAGUAAUCCCUU